AUGAUAACAGAGAUCAAAUACGCGGCUUCCAUCAUCAAGAAGAACGUAAACUACACCAAGAUUGCCAGCUUCGCGAGCACCUUACUACCCAAGGCCCCCAAGAAAUACGACAUUACUCAAGUAUACAACAGCACCAUUCUCCUCGCCAACAACGACGCGCUGAAGGUGCUCUUACAGAAGGUGCCUAUAACGCAGCUCGACAAGCUCUUUCAGGUGCUACAGUACGUGACGAUUCGCGGGCGGUGGAACUUGGUGGCCUUCAAGAAGCUCCCCCCACGGCAGUUUGACACGUGGCUCGGCAAAAAGAUCCAGAAAACGUCAGCAGCGAAUGUGGCGCCUGUUACCUUCGGCGCUCCGGGCUCUCCCGCGGGCAAAUGGACUCACGUGGUGACGGCAAAGUUGUACAGUGGGCCCUACUUUACUGUUCAUGGGAUAGACUACUGCAUUAUUGUCUGA